UGCAGCCAUACACGCUCUCUCAUCCUCCAUCCCUCUGUACAUUCACGCGUUUUGAAACUUUCGGUCAACAUCAAGCGUUCUUUCUAUAGCGUGCAUUAUCUCGGCCAACACCCUAGACGAUCCUCCAGCUUUCUUAGUUGCAAUAAGCCUAGGCCCCGCAAUGUGGGACGAUGAGGACAACAACCCAUAUGGCUCAUUUGAGCGCCAUUCAAGGCCAGAUCAAGACCUUGCAGUCUCACCUGAUGCACUCGGUUUUGGACGUCCCUCCACCCCGCCGUCAGGCAAUUCCUCUCUGCGUCAGGAGUCACCCGAGUUCAUAUCACAACCGAUUGGUGAUGAAGACGAAAAGGAGGACGAAGCCGCUACUAGCACACGUCGAGAACCCAAGCGUGGAGGCUACAACAGUCGCAUCGAGCAAAUACUCUACGAGAACCCUGAUCUACCCAUCCUCAUCACAUAUGCUGGCAAGAAUUCAGAAAGUGGAGGCAGUUUCAUAACGUACACAAUUCGCACUGGGGACCUUGAAGUACGCCGACGAUACUCUGAAUUCGCAUCUCUAAGACAGACACUCGUCAAUCUGCACCCCACUCUCAUAAUCCCUCCUAUCCCAGAGAAACACUCUAUGGCCGACUACGCCGCUAAGCCUACAAAAGCAAAAGAAGAUGCUGGGAUAAUCGAGCUCCGGAAACGUAUGCUAGCAGUCUUCCUCAAUAGAUGCCGGCGGAUGGACGAGGUUCGAGAGGAUGGUGUAUGGUGGAAGUUCCUGGACCCUAAUGCCAGCUGGAGCGAGGUCCUUCAUUCGCAUCCUGUCUCGAGUAUCCCCAAGAACAUUCUCAAAGCGCCUCCAUUGGAUCCCGCGAACCCAUCCCCAGGUCAUGCGCAUCUCCCAAUCCCCUCGGCCAAUUCCAAGCUGAAAACGCAAGGCGAAGCUUCUUCAAGUGGUACUCCUGUCGGUCCACCUGAUCACGCUGCUUUGCCAUCCGCCGCAGCGCACAGUACGUCUGGACCGCAAAUAUUCGGAAGAUUUCCGCCAACUACACGCGAACUGUCGGAAGAAGAACUAGAUCCAUACUUUGUAAACUUUGAAACGUCUUCCAAACAGCUGGAGCAGCUCAUGCAGGGAAGCAUGGAAAAAUCUAACAGGAGGUUGAUAACGCAUCUCAGUCAGCUAGGAGAAGAUAUGGCAGAGCUCGGCGCAAGAUACAAUGGAUUUUCAUUAUCGGAACAGUCUCAAACAUUGGCUGCAGCGAUUGAAAAGGUGGGCCAGGCAGUCGACUCCACGUACAUCGCGACCACUGAACUUUCCUCGUCGCUGAGCGCAAGCUUUGCCGAGCCAAUGCGCGAAAGCGCACAAUUUGCGGGAGUUGUACGUAACGUUCUGCGCUAUCGAAUCCUGAAGAGGGUGCAAGAGGAGAUGACCAAAGAUGAGCUGGAGAAGAAGCGAGCUCUUUUGACACAGCUAGAAUCGAGCGAGCAAGAAGCGAAGCGCAUUGAACAGCACCUGUCCGGAUAUGGCAGCCCACCAAGACGAUCGUUAUCAUCAUCCUCCCAACGAUCCACACCAGAACGUAAGUGGAGAGAAGACGACACAGCUUCGAUCGACUCAGACUUCCCACCUACACACGGAGAUGCAUAUCCUCCGCCAACAGCAUCGCAAGGUCUACCAGUCUCAGAGCCAUCGUCACCUCCACAUCAUAGAAAGAGCGGUAGUGGAAAUUUUGUCACCAACAAAAUAUUUGGGCGCAUCAACCAUGCGUUUCAAGGGAUUGUAGAUGCAGAUCCUGAGAAAUCGCGAAGAGACUCGAUCACAAGGACGCGGGAAAGCUUGACGAAUUUGGGAGAGGCUCUCGAAGUAACGAAAAAGGAUACAAAGGACGCAAGCGCUGGCGUGAUGAACGAUCUCAAACGAUUUCAGCUGGACAAGGAAGACGAUCUUCGACGUUACAUGAUUGCUUUUGCACGAUGUCACAUUGACUGGGCACGACGGAAUCAGGCAUCCUGGGAGGAGGCGAAGGUGGAGGUUCAGAAUAUCGAGCCGUCAGCACCAUCGUCACAAGACUUCUGAAGCAUGGUGUACGUGUAUUGAUCUAUGGGACAACCGUAGGCGUAGAUGCUGGAUCAGACAUGCCUCGAGUAGAUAUAAUGUAAAGAUGCGCUGGACACAUGAGCGUAGUAUCGUGACGUGACGUGACGUGACGUGACGUGACGUGCGUAGAUUCAAAGGUAGGCUCGCUCGUUCCAAAGGCAAAUGGCGGCUUUGGCAUACAGAGUGUCGCGUGUGAUAUGAUGGAAGGCCCGAUUAUGUGCAUAUGAACAGGGACUGGUGAGCG